AUGGCGGAUCCCCAGCCCCGCCGGCCCCGGCUAUUGAAGGGGCGCCAAAGAGGGAGAGCGCGGCGGCCGGGCCGGGUCCUAGCGCCCGCCACUCCCGGGUGGGCAAGCCCGGCUCCCCCGCCAAAGCAGCCCGGACGCCCAGAGCGCUUCUGCCCGGCCCGCGCGGGGCUUCUCAAGCAAUCAAAGGAGGGAGCGGCCUCCCCGCCCUCCUCCUCCUCCGCCCGAUCCGCGGGGCAGCCGGGCUUCCCGGGGCUUCGCUCUCGGCCCAGGCCGUUCCGGGCCGCAGCCAAGGCGCGGCGGGGCAGCCGGACUCCGGGAGCUGUGCGGCCACCGGGCCAGUCUGGGCUGCGCCGCGGCAAAGACAGCGCCCGCCAUCCCGCGGCGCCUGCGGAGCUCCUGGGGCGCACCGGGGCAGCGGCGGGGGCGGGGGGGGGCUCCGGGGAAUCCCGGCCGCCGCUCCCCCUCCUCCCCCUCCUCCCCCUCCUCCUCCUCCUCCGGCUCCGCAGCGGGCGGGGCGAGGUGGCGCGCCGCCCCGAUUGGCCGCUGCCGGCUCCGGGCCCCGCCCCGCCCGUCAAGUGACCGGGGCCCGGCGGGG